AUGUCAAUCAAAGACCUUCCUGCUGGAUGCUCUAAGGAUACGAUGUUCUCUUCGACUCCGGACGAAGGUGGCGAAAAUCGCCUUCUCGGACCCACAAACCCGGUGUUGACGACUUUACCAAGUAGCUUCGACGCUCGGCAGAAGUUUGCUUCCUGUGCUGAUGUCAUCGGCCAUGUGAGGGAACAAGGCGAAUGUAACAAUUGCUGGGCAAGUGCUGCCGUCGGAAUGUUCAACGAUCGUGUAUGCAUCAAGUCCGGCGGUAAAACCACGGAUAUUCUAUCUCUCGGUUACCUGACUUCAUGCUGCAAUCGUGCUAACGGAUGUCCGAAAUCGAAUGGGUGUAUGUUUGGCUCCGUGCCUGAAGGCCUGAACUUCAUGAAAAAUCACGGCCUUGUUACUGGUGGUGAAUACAAACCGCCCGAGAAACUGGGCAACGAUGAUGGCUGCUGGCCUUAUCCAUUCCCGAAGUGCAAUCAUGUGCCCGGGCUGGAAAGCAAAUAUCCCCGAUGCGCGCAG